GAUUGGUGGAUUGAGGGGGGCGGUAACUAUACAUUCAGGAAGAGGUCCAUGGACUGUAAACUCUGCUAGCUUGCUAUUUGAAUCCGAUGGAAAAAUAACUCCGUUUGGUCGUUAAAUCGUCGUUAACCAUGUCUGCAAGAAACCCGGGCAUGCCCCUUGACCUGGAAUGGGUGUCCAAGGUGCGGGUGAACACCCAGGCAGUGCUGAAGAGAGCUCAGCAGAUCCAAGGACGCAAUAAGAACACGAAACAAUGGCAGGCGGCGUGGCUGCUGCGGGCGGUGACCUGUAUCGACCUGACGACCCUGGCCGGUGACGACACGCCCGGCAACGUCCACCGCCUGUGUAUGAAGGCUACCCAGCCGGUACGUUACGACCUGCUGAAGAGCAUGGACAUGCAGGACAAAGGUGUGACUACUGCAGCGGUGUGCGUGUACCCAUCUCGUGUGGCUGAUGCUGUGAAGUCACUGAAAGCAGCCAACUCCAGCCUACCUGUCGCCUCAGUGGCGACCGGUUUCCCUGCAGGCCAGACCUCUCUGAAGACCAGGCUGGAGGAGGUCCGUAUGGCUGUAGAGGAUGGAGCUAUGGAGAUCGAUAUAGUCAUUAACAGGACUCUGGCCCUCACUGGCCAGUGGGAAGCCAUGUAUGAGGAGGUGUGUCAGUUCAGAGAGGCCUGUGGGGAGGCUCACAUGAAGUCCAUCCUGGCUAUAGGAGAGCUGGGGACCUACACCAAUGUCUACAAGGCUAGUCUGGUGGCUAUGAUGGCUGGGUCGGACUUCAUCAAGACGUCAACAGGGAAGGAGUCUGUCAACGCUACCUACCCUGUCGCCAUAGUGAUGGUCAGAGCCAUCCGGGACUACUUCCUGAAGACUGGACAUAAGGUUGGUUUUAAGCCUGCUGGUGGGAUCCGUACAGCCAAGGAGUCGUUGGUGUGGCUGACUCUGAUGAAGGAAGAGCUGGGAGACGAGUGGCUGAGCCCUCGCCUCUUUAGACUGGGGGCUAGUAGCCUGCUGGCUGACAUAGAGAGACAGAUCUACCAUCACGUGACUGGUCGCUACGCAGCCUAUCACCAGAUGCCCAUGGCCUGAAACCACGGUUACCAUUUCCAAAGUGACCAAUUCCGAAACCUCACCCGAACCAGCCUAUCGCUGUGCAAGAUACCUCUGUUGUUGGACUUGGAGAGAGAGCCUGAUGUUUUACUGUGUACAGUACUACUGGUAUAUCUGUCAUUUUACUGUGUACAGUACUACUGGUAUAUCUGACAUUUUACUGUGUACCAGACAUACAGUACUACUGGUAUAUCUGGCAUUUUACUGUGUACAGUACUACUAGUAUAUCUGGCAUUUUACUGUGUACCAGACAUACAGUACUACUAGUAUAUCUGUCAUUUUACUGUGUACAGUACUACUAGUAUAUCUGUCAUUUUACUGUGUACAGUACUACUGGUAUAUCUGUCAUUUUACUGUGUACAGUACUACUGGUAUAUCUGUCAUUUUACUGUGUACAGUACUACUGGUAUAUCUGUCAUUUUACUGUGUACAGUACUACUGGUAUAUCUGACAUUUUACUGUGUACCAGACAUGCAGUACUACUGGUAUAUCUGUCAUUUUACUGUGUACAGUACUACUGGUAUAUCUGACAUUUUACUGUGUACCAGACAUGCAGUACUACUGGUAUAUCUGUCAUUUUACUGUGUACAGUACUACUGGUAUAUCUGACAUUUUACUGUGUACAGUACUACUGGUAUAUCUGUCAUUUUACUGUGUACCAGACAUGCAGUACUACUGGUAUAUCUGACAUUUUACUGUGUACAGUACUACUGGUAUAUCUGUCAUUUUACUGUGUACCAGACAUGCAGUACUACUGGUAUAUCUGACAUUUUACUGUGUACAGUACUACUGGUAUAUCUGACAUUUUACUGUGUACAGUACUACUGGUAUAUCUGUCAUUUUACUGUGUACCAGUCAUGCAGUACUUCUGGUACAUCUGCCUCUUUGUGCCUUGAGACAGCUAGCCAGUAUGGUUUCAUCUAGUCCCCAUCCAUACUACUGGUAUAUCUGCCUCUUUGUGCCUUGAGACAGCUAGCCAGUAUGGUUUCAUCUAGUCCCCAUCCAUACUACUGGUAUAUCUGUCAUUUUACUGUGUACAGUACUACUGGUAUAUCUGUCAUUUUACUGUGUACAGUACUACUGGUAUAUCUGUCAUUUUACUGUGUACAGUACUACUGGUAUAUCUGUCAUUUUACUGUGUACCAGACAUGCAGUACUACUGGUAUAUCUGUCAUUUUACUGUGUACAGUACUACUGGUAUAUCUGGCAUUUUACUGUGUACCAGACAUACAGUACUUCUGGUACAUCUGCCUCUUUGUGCCUUGAGACAGCUAGCCAGUAUGGUUUCAUCUAGUCCCCAUCCAUACUACUGGUAUAUCUGCCUCUUUGUGCCUUGAGACAGCUAGCCAGUAUGGUUUCAUCUAGUCCCCAUCCAUACUACUGGUACAUCUGCCUCUUUGUGCCUUGAGACAGCUAGCCAGUAUGGUUUCAUCUAGUCCCCAUCCAUACUACUGGUACAUCUGCCUCUUUGUGCCUUGAGACAGCUAGCCAGUAUGGUUUCAUCUAGUCCCCAUCCAUACUACUGGUACAUCUGCCUCUUUGUGCCUUGAGACAGCUAGCCAGUAUGGUUUCAUCUAGUCCCCAUCCAUACUACUGGUACAUCUGCCUCUUUGUGCCUUGAGACAGCUAGCCAGUAUGGUUUCAUCUAGUCCCCAUCCAUACUACUGGUAUAUCUGCCUCUUUGUGCCUUGAGACAGCUAGCCAGUAUGGUUUCAUCUAGUCCCCAUCCAUACUACUGGUACAUCUGCCUCUUUGUGCCUUGAGACAGCUAGCCAGUAUGGUUUCAUCUAGUCCCCAUCCAUACUACUGGUACAUCUGCCUCUUUGUGCCUUGAGACAGCUAGCCAGUAUGGUUUCAUCUAGUCCCCAUCCAUACUACUGGUACAUCUGCCUCUUUGUGCCUUGAGACAGCUAGCCAGUAUGGUUUCAUCUAGUCCCCAUCCAAACAAUGUGAAACUAUGACGCUGAAUGAAUGGAGUGUUGAUGAGUCCGUAUUAAUGAACCAUUGUAGUUGUUUUGAGAGUACUAUAUUAUAGACGACAUAAAACUCUUAAUUCAGUAUUUCUAUUGCUGUUGUAAUGAAAGAUUGCCACCCAUUCUAAUCAUGACUGUCUGGACAUUUUGUUGGGAGAUGUUGAAGUGUGAUUAAAGACCAUCAAACAUUA